AUGUCAGCUCCAGAUACACGUCUAAAGGCUCCCAAAACACCUUUAAAACGAAUCUCACGUAAUUCAUUAAGAGCUCAAGCCCUUUCGACUUCCCAAGCCAACCAACCUAAUCCGAAUCUCAGAUCAUCAGAACCUCCCGAAAGUUUCAAAGAUCCCCUCAAAUCGAUCUCACCUUUAUUUUCAGAUUUAUCUGAUUCCAUUCAAGAUUUACAUACGAAUUUGAUCAGAUUAGAUCAAGUUUGUGAAAACUUAAAUGGAUUCAAUCAAUCCUUUUCAAGUUAUUUGUAUGGUUUAAGAAUGAUUUAUUAUACUACUGAUUUUGAUGAAGCACCUGAUGAGAUUGGAUUCAAGGAGUUUAAGAAACGGAAAGUAGAAAUCGAAGAGAUGAGAUUGAAGUUGAAAUUAGUUGAAGAUGAAAAGAAGAUGUCGAAUUCACUUGAUCAUCAUCGGUUUGAUCAAGAUGUUUCGGGGUACGAACAAGCUGAUCAAUCAUCCACGAGUGGAAUCGCCCAAAACCGUGACUAUUCCAAACCACAUCAACCUGUUCAAUCCACAAGUCAUCAAGCUUCCGGAUCAGGAUCAGGAAGUAGAGGCCCCUCACAGCAACCCAAAAGUUUCAAAUCCCAAACCAAAGCUCAACAAAAACAACUCUUAAGAUCCACUGAACCGAUCAUGAAAACCUUACCGAUCAAAUUUAGAGAACAACAACCGAGUCGAAGCGAAAUGGAAAAAGUGAUUUGUUUAUUGUUUUUGAAUCCUAAUGGACUCUCACUCAAACAAGUCGUCAAACUUGAUCCUACUUUAGCUUUACAUCGUGCUAGAGAAUGUGUGACGGCUCUGGUGGCUGCUAAACAGGCUAGUAAAUCGAAUGAAGAUGUAAGUUUCUUUUGGAUGAAGAUUCUAAGCGUAAGUUGA